AUCGAGUAUAUAUGUAGAUCACAACAAAACUCUCUUAUACAAAAAGAUGUCUGCUGCUGCUACUGCCAGUAGGCUUCUUCACUCUCUUCAUCUUCUCUUCAUCUUCUUCAUCCUCCUAAACCCAUUUCAAUCUUCCCAUGCGGCGGAGGAAACAAUGGUGCCGUUGAUGGAGCCCGGAAAACGAGAGAUGAUGGAAUUUGUAUUACACGACAGUCGCCGGAAGCUCAACGGCUUCAAGAUUUGUGCGCUUUGCACUUGUUGUAACUCCGGCGGUGGUGGCGGUGGCGGCGGCGGUGGUGGUGGUAAAUAUUGCUUACCUUCUCCUUGUUGCUAUGCAAUCAACUGCAACAUCCCAAAUCGCCCUUUUGGAUUCUGCUCAUUUACUCCAAAAACAUGUAACUGCUUUGGAUGCCAUCUUUGA